UGUCACGUCACAUUACGUCAAAAAAAUUUACGUUUACGAUUUUCGACUUGUGUUUUAGAGUAAAUUUAAUAUAUACGUUAAAUUGAUUACUCUGUAAAAAUGGAAGAAAACAAAGAUUUCGAGACCUUAGAACCUUCCUUGAAAAAUGUGGUUGAACAGAAAUCUCUUAGGUGGAUUUUCGUAGGGGGGAAAGGUGGUGUUGGUAAAACUACAUGCAGCUGCAGUCUGGCGGUCCAGCUGGCCAAGGUCCGCGAGUCAGUCCUCAUUAUCUCGACUGAUCCAGCUCACAACAUUUCUGACGCCUUCGAUCAAAAGUUCUCGAAAGUGCCAACCAAAGUAAAAGGCUUUAACAAUUUAUUUGCCAUGGAGAUUGACCCCAAUGUGGGGCUCACAGAGCUGCCAGAAGAAUACUUUGAGGGUGAAACGGAAGCCAUGAGGCUGGGCAAGGGUGUGAUGCAGGAAAUUGUUGGGGCCUUCCCUGGAAUUGACGAGGCUAUGAGUUACGCUGAGGUAAUGAAACUCGUGAAGGGCAUGAACUUCAGUGCAGUGGUGUUUGACACUGCACCCACAGGACAUACCCUUCGUCUGCUCUCCUUCCCACAGGUUGUGGAGCGAGGACUGGGGAAACUUAUGCGUCUCAAGUCUAAGGUUGCCCCAUUCAUCAACCAAGUAGCAACACUGUUUGGCCUGGCGGAGUUCAACUCAGACAUGUUUAGCAACAAAAUGGACGAAAUGCUCUCAGUUAUCAGACAAGUGAACGCCCAGUUCAAGGACCCUAACCAGACUACAUUUGUGUGUGUUUGUAUCGCCGAGUUUUUGUCCUUGUAUGAGACCGAGCGUCUAGUUCAAGAACUAACGCGAUGUGGCAUCGACACACACAACAUUAUCGUCAACCAGCUGUUACUGCGAACUUCGGCGCCUUGCGACCUGUGUGCAGCAAGGCACAAGGUUCAAGAGAAAUAUCUGGAACAAAUUGCAGAUUUGUACGAAGACUUCCAUGUGACCAAAUUGCCUCUCUUGGACAAAGAAGUCCGCGGUGCGGCCGCUGUGAACUCCUUCUCGGAGUACCUGUUGAAUCCGUACCAGCCUCCCGCGCCCGCCACGUGAUCUGCCCUCCUUCCUCUGUCCAAACUGUGUGCGUGUAUAUCAGUGUCAAUGAAUUUUAUAACCAGUUUCAUAUUCAUUUCUAAAUUAAAUUUGUUGGUGAGUGAAGGUGCUAUACGUCACAAGCUUUGUUUUUAGAAUAUUGCUAGCUAGCUUUGUGACCACAUUACACUUUGGGGUUUGAAGAUAUAAUAUGUAUCUUUUUAAACUAUAUUCUCACAUUGACAGUAAAAAGUCAUAGUAUUCUAGAAAAUAAAUGUUAUAAUAUAUGCGUUUAA